CUGCUAGAGCGUCGCUUCGUCUUCCCGCAUUCGUCGCCAGGAGGCCGCUGUUGUCUGAGUUAGGCGAAGAGCAGGACUCACCGCGUAGGAGACAGACACUCAAAGACCCCCUGAUCCCCGGAUGAAUCGACUUUCCGAGCACUUCGAUCGCCUGUCUUUGCGGAGACUCCUUUUGUCAACUUCGCUGGUCACAAGGCCCACCAAAACCCCUUCCAAAACAGCCGUCUGCCUCUUCUCGAUCAGCCUCUUUGUGCACACCCGUUGCGACAAUUACAUGUACCAAGAUCGUAUUGCCUAUUCUGCCAUCGAAACAUCCCGCCCUCCUCGCGCCGGUUCCUUGCAUGUCCCGUCUCGAGCCCGUCUGCCGUUGUAACAGCACGGGUCCAGGCUUUGCGCUCCACCCCAGCGUUUACCGAACACCGUCAAGCUGGCCUGCACCGUAGAGCUCAGCUAUCAGUGCAGCCUGAUAG